AUGCCUACAUAUCGGUUCCUCCACAGACCAAGUGUUCAGGCGUGGUUUGACGAGUUUUACGCUACGCUUGGCAUCAUGCAUGAUAUACAGAACGCCCCAGCAAAGAUCGCUGUGUUGUUCAUGGUCUUUUCAAUAGGAAGUGUCUAUAUGCCUGAUAAUGACCGACCUGGCCCACUAGACUUGAGUGCUCAAUAUUUCCUCGCGGCUGAGCAUCAACUGCGGAAGGAAAAGGGUUCGAUACGUCUGACCAGCGUUCAGGCACGUCUGGCUCAGUGCUGCUAUCUACUAACCCAAUCUCGCAUUAAUCACUGCUGGAGUUUGUUUGGCACCGUGUCACAUCUCGCACUAGCUAUUGGCCUCAACAGGAAUAGAUACCAGCAGGAUCUGUCGCGAGGCUUGGGCCGAAUUGAAGUUGAGUGCCGCCGACGGACUUUCUGGUGUGCCUACACAUUGGACGCAUACCUGAGCGCUGCUUUGGGUAGACCUAGGUCAUUCCAUGACGAUGAUAUUGACGCAGAGCUUCCUGCAUGUGUCGACGACGCUUAUUUGACGAAUGACUUAAUGAUCACGCCUGUUGCUGUUAGUAAAGGUCCAUCUACAAUGCUGGCACCAUUGGGACACAUGAAAAUCGCUCGUAUCAUAAGCCACAUACUACGGGAUCUGUAUUCGGUUAAGCCGGUUUCCGCUGAGCAACGACUGGCUGCUAUGAAAAGUAUUUCAAGUGAUCUUGGUGACUGGCGUGCCGAGUUUUCGCGAUUCCUCGACGUCGACCUUUUCAGUGCCUCACUGUUAGUGUCCAUCUUUCAGCGGCAGAGAAACGUGCUCAAUUUGACAUAUUGGCACGCAAUUAUCCUGACUCAUCGGUCAUUUGUUUUGAGCAAUUUCGCUGGACUCCUGCGGCAAAACGACAGCUCUGUCAAAAACAACCAGCACGUCAAGGACAGCGUAGAAAAGUGUAUAGAUGCAGCCACAAAGACAGUUAAUACUAUUGAAGACAUGGCGCAGCAAAAUCAACUCUUCCGCUCACUUUGGAUAACGUCAUAUUUCGCGUUCAACGCCAGCAUCAUAUUGUAUAUUUACGCAAUUCAACACCGAGACUGCCCGCCGGAAGAGUAUGCCGACCAAUUUGAGGCCGCAGAGAGGUGCCAACGCCACAUCUCAGCCAUUGCAGAAAAGGGGUCAUUAUCAGAGCGGUAUUGGCUUGUACUGGAAGAACUUCGUGUAGAAGUAUUGCACCAAACGGGGCGCAAUAAUCAAAUUUCUUCCGGUUCAGAUAACGGAGAUGCCUCUGUAGGCGUAGAUGAACAUGGGAGUGCCGCUAUGUACUCGGACCUGGCCGCAUCUGGUACUGUUGGCGGACCAGACGCAACAGUACAUGACUUUCCAAUAUCCGAUUACUCUGGCUGGGGAAAUUUUACCUCCAUGGUCUCUUCUGGUUUGAGCAACCUGGAUGUGCUACUCGGUGACGACUUUAGCCUUCCAGGGUGA